AUGAGUUCGGCGAACAUUAGAGAUGUAUUGACUUCUUUCAGUCCUGCUCUAGACUAUCUCGCUCUUAGCACCGGAGAUGGCCGUAUCAAGAUUUGGGAUACUGUCAAGGGUCAGGUCCAAACAGAGUUUUCUGAUAUUGCAUCUUCUGAAGAGACGAACAUGUAUACCAAUGUUGGGAAAGGUCACCUCUCGGUCGAUUACACUUGCAUGAAAUGGUUGUCUUUGGAGGAAAAGAAGAAGAGAAAGCUCGGGACGUCCAUAUUGGUAUUAGGAACUGGCGGAGGAGAUGUUUUGGCACUUGAUGUUGCUUCCGGUCAGCUGAAUUGGAGAAUCAGUGACUGUCAUCCCGGUGGUGUCAAUGCUGUUUCAUCUUCAACAAAGGCCUCUUGCAUAUACAGCGGUGGAGCCGAUGGGAUGGUUUGUGAAAUUGAUCCCCAUAGUGGAAAUCUGAUCAGGAAGUUCAAAGCUUCAACAAAAGCUGUUUCUUCUUUAUCUGUCUCACCAGAUGGAAAGAUAUUAGCGACUGCAUCUGCUCAGUUGAAGACUUUUAACUGCUCUGAUUUCAAGAACAUACAGAAGUUUACUGGCCAUCCUGGAGGUGUGCGUUGUGUGGCUUUUACCGAGGAUGGAAAAUACGUGCUCUCAUCUGCGGUUGGUGAAAGAUAUAUUGCAUUGUGGAAUACACAUGGUGCUAAGAAGCAGUCAGCUAGCUGUGUCCUUGCCUUGGAGCACCCUCCCGUCUUUGUGGAUAGCUGGGGUACAGAUGAAAAAGGAUUAUACGUCUUGGCAAUUUCAGAAGUAGGUGUCUGCUAUUUUUGGUAUGGAUCAAAUGUCGAGGAGUUAAACAAUGCAAAGCCUACGAAAGUCGCAUUGGCAACUGAAGAUUCUUCGCUUAAACAUCACAAGGGCUCAUUGCCUCUAAUCUUUGCUGCAAAAUUACAAGGCGUUUUGAAGCCUGGUUCUGCAAAUGCGUUUAUUGCGUCUGGAUUGCUGGUGAAACCUUCAUUCCAGAAAAUGGUGUUGCAGUUUGGCACCGACUUGGUGUUGAAUGCCUCUAAGAGUGGGAUCCUUCUCCCCAUCGCUCAGCCAGUUUCCAAGUCCAAGAAGGGGCAAGGCGUGCAGAAUUAUGUUACGACAUUAGACCGUGCACAUGCGGAGGAUGCUUUGCUUCCAUUCGCAAGAGUGGCUGAUCAAAAGAGUGCACAACCACACUCAUCUGAUAAGGAUACAGACAUGGUUGACCAAAGUCAAGCGGAUUAUGUAGAAACAUUUAGCAUGGAGGAUAAGUUGAGAUCAUUAGGGAUACUUAAAGGUACAGAUGAGCCAAGCAAUCUUUCCUAUGCUUCAGUAAUUGAUGGAAUUGAUCUUGAGGCUUAUCUACCACCAAAGAAGUUAAAGUCUGCUGUUCUUUCAAUGACACCCUCCACUGCGUUCAAGACUCUAGAAGCUCUGGUUCUUAUGUGGCAGACGAGGGGAUGUGGUGGGAAGCAUCUUCUUCCAUGGAUAUACAGCAUAAUGGUGAAUCAUAGUCAUUACAUCAUGUCCCAAGAACCAAAAGACCAACAACUACUUAAUACAUUGCUUAAGAUUACCAAGUCCCGAGGAACGGCUCUUCAACAGUUACUACAGUUAUCUGGACGCUUGAAACUUGUCACAGCCCAGAUCAACAAAGCUGCAGGGAUUCAAACUCAAACAACAGAUCAAGAUCAAGAGUCCGAUGAAAGCGAGGAUGAGGAAGAAGAUGUAGAAGACCUUCUCUAUGUUGAGAAUGAUAAUGAAUCCGAAUUGAGCAGCGACGAUGGAAAGGAGAAAGAUGAUACCUUGAUGGAGGAGAUGUAA